AUGAAAACAAAAUCAGCUGGAGAUUUUAAAAUUGAAGGUCAAAUGAUUUUUGACAAGUUAGAUAAGCAAGAAAAGGCAGACUUAAAAUUAAAGGAAAAAUUAUUAGCAAAUGCCUUUUUGUAUUCAAAAGCUUCAAUUUACGAAUUGAAAGAAUUUUCAGCCAAUUUUAUUGGAAAAGAAGAAUGGGAACGUGCCAUAAAACUUCAAAAAUCAGCCAGUUUAUCAUCAAUUAUUUUCAAAGUAAAGGAAUUUGUUGAAACGAGAUCUGAUUCAGUUAUUUCUAUUAAUCAAAGACUGAAAGAUUUUGAAGAGUUUGAACUUAAAAUAGAAGAGAAGAGACAAUUAGAAGAAAAAAUGAACACAAAAUCAGUUCGAGAUUUCAAAAUUGAAAGUCAAAUAACCUUGGAACAUCCAAAUUCCGAGGAAAAAGCUGAUCAGAAUUUGAAAGAAAAAUUACAAGAAAAAACUUUCCUUUCAUCAAAAGCCUCAAUUAAAGAAUUAAAAGAAUUUUCAGCCAAUUUUGUAGGAAAAGAGGAAUGGGAAAGUACUAGAAAAAUUCAAAAAUCAAAAAGUUUGUCUUCAGUAACAUUAAAAUUAAAAGAAUUUAUUGAAUCUCGAGCAUCUUCUGUUUUGUUUAUAGAAAAACCGAAGGAAUACUUGGAAGAAUCAGAAAUAAAAUUAAAAGAAAAAUACAAAAUUAAAGAAAAAUUAAAUACAAAAGAAAUGGGGGAUUUAAAAAUUGGACAAAAUAUUUAUUUUGAACAAAAGAGUAAAACAGAAAUUAUUGGAUUUACUCAAAAAGAAAAAAUAAAAGAGAGGUCUAUAUUAAAAUCUAAACCAUCAACUCAAGAAAGUAGACAUUUCCAAGCAAAUUUACAAGGAAAAGAAGAAUGGGGAAGUGAUAGGAAGAUAAUUAAAUCAGCAAGUCAAUCUUCAAUUAAAUUUUUUGGGAGAGAAUUUAGUGAAGAGAGGGCAAGCUCUGUUGUAUUUUUUGAUCAGAGACCAAAAACUUGGGGGGAAUUUGAAAUUAAAAUUAAAGAGAAAAGACAACUGGAAGAAAAAAUAAAAACAAAAUCAGCUGGAGACAAUAAAAUUCAAAGUCAAAUAAUUUUUGAACAUUUAAAUUCUGAAGAAAAAGCUGAUUUGAAUUUAAAGGAAAAACAACAAGAAAAAGCCCUUUUAUCUUCAAAAGCUUCAAUUCUUGAGAAAAAAGAAUUUACUGCCAAUUUAAUAGGGAAAGAGGAAUGGGAAAGUACCAAAAAACUCCAAAAAUCGAAAAGUGAAACUUUUGUAGAAUUUAAAAUUAAAGAAUUUGGAGAAUCUAGAGCUUCAUCAUUUGUAUUUUUAGAACAGAAAGAAGCAGAAAAAGAAGAAAAAGAAUUUACUAAAUUUAAAGAAGAAAAACAACAAUUAAAAGAAAAUUUAAAUAUAAAAUCUCCAAAAGAAAUAACAACUUCAAUAAUUAAACAAAAACAAUUAGAAGAAUCUAUUGCAAAUUUUACCUCAAAAUUAAAACAAUUUUUGCCUAUCGAAAAAACAUUUAAAAUUGAAGAAUUAAAUAAAACAGAAAAAAUUGAAAAAAGGGCAAAAAGUGUGGAAACUGAAGAUAUUUUUUAUUUGAAAGAAAUUCCUUUAACUAAAACAUUUUGUAGUUUAAAAGAAUUUUUAUUUGAAGAAUUAAAUACUGGGGUAGCUAUAGAAAGAAAACAAAAAUUAAUUAAAGAAGCAAAAACUGAUAUUGAAUUUAAAGUUGGGAAGUGGUUAGAACAACAACAACAACAAAUUGAAGAAAAGAAAGAAGAAAAAGUUGUUGUUUUAGGUUUUGAUGUAAUUCAACAACCAAAAAGUUUUCAGAUAGAAAAAAAAGAAAAAGAAAUAAAUAAAACAAAAAUAUUAUCAACAAAAAUUGAAGAAUCUAAAUUUGAAGAAAAGGAAAUUGUUAAAAAUUUAAUUAAAGAAGAAGAAAUUAAAAAAGAAAAUAUUAAAUUAAAAGAAAUUGGGGAAGAAAAAAUAAAUUUAGAAAUUAAGGAAGGAGAAGAAGAAAAUAUAUUAAUUAUUAAAAAUUUUGAAAAUAAAAAAUUAUUCGAAGAAAAAAUUGAAAAAGAAAUUAAACAAAAGAAAAGAGAGGAGGGAAUAUCCACAAUUUUAUGUACUGGGGCAGCUAGGGAUGAAAGAAUGGAAAUUGAAGCUGUAGCAGAAGCUAUUGGGGAAGAGGCUAAAGCUAGUGGGGUUUUGACGGCGAUACAGAGAUUGGCGGCUGAAGCGGCGACUGAGGCUCCCAAAAGGGGUUACUAUUUAGGAAUAAUAUUUUGA